AUGCCACGGCGGAGACCUACCUGUCAGACUGCGACCCCCCCCUGCGACCCCUGCCCAUCGCCCAGCGUCCCCCCAGGCAGGCGAAACGCUCGCGGGCGGCGUUCUCCCACACCCAAGUCAUCGAACUGGAGCGGAAAUUCAGCCACCAAAAAUACUUGUCGGCCCCCGAGCGAGCCCACCUGGCCAAAAACCUGCAGCUCACCGAGACCCAGGUGAAAAUCUGGUUCCAGAACAGGAGGUAUAAAACCAAGAGGAAACAGGUCGCCUCUGAAAUCAGCAGACUGGACACGCGGCUGGCCGGGCAGAAAGCGGCCGAGCUCCCCGGAGCAUCGCUGCUGGCACUGCGGGGCGGCUGGCAGUACCUGCCUUGCCUCUACUACUUGAACGGCUGGAGUCCCUCGUGGUGGUAA